ACGAUGGAAAAACGACUUGAUGAUAUUAGAGCUUAUGUACAACGAUUGGCCGCUGUACUUGAACCCGAAGAAAUGCUACUCUUAGAUCGGGAUCAAGUAAUGCUUUGCGUUGCAGAUCAAGAAGUCUCUGAGGAUAUCUUUAUACCAGAAAGAAUGACGUUGGCUGAAAGAAUUAGAGAAAGCAU